AUGAAGAGGUUGACAAAAUCUACAGUCAUAGGAUCUAAACGCAAGCAACAAGCAGACAACAAAGAAAAUGAAAAUUCGUUGGGUCAUGAGAAUAGCAAUCCAACACAACAAAGCCAGUUCUCAUCUUAUAAGACUUCUAGACCUUUUUGUGGAGUUUUUCAAGCAUCCUUAUCUACGCCUGGGAGCGUAUUAACUAAUGUAUGUUCAAAAGAAGUUAGUGUUCAUAACGUUAGUAAUCGCACACCCUUAUCUGCAAUCUCGAGCACCCCAACAGCAAACCAGGUUACAGAUUUAAGAAUGGAAUCCCUUACUCGUGCUCACACUCAUCAAACCGUUGUCAGUUCGCUGAAACCAAGUCUCCGUACUCCAAAUACUGUCUUCAAUAAUGAUUUAACAAUGGAAUCCCUUACUGGUACUCACACGCAUCACAGAGUAGGACGUGUACUCGAACCAAGUCUCCCUACUCCAAAUAGUGUCUUGACUAAUGAAAAUGUUGCUAAUAACGAACCACAUAUAGAGGCUGAAGUUGGUCCUUCUACAACACAUGCCGGUUAUACUGAAUGUAUCACUAACUUAAGCAAAAGACCAAGUAGUCGAUUAAUGAAUGCAAACAAUCCGUCUCCUUCUGAUUGCCGUAACCUCCACAACGACUUCAAUGAAUGUAGCGAACAGGAAGAUACUGUCACAGAUGCUCAACCUGUUGAUUAUGCCGACUUUGGUGAUGCUUGUGAUUCAUGCUUACAUUGUGGGGCACUAUUUUGGUACGAGGAAUGGUUGAACAAGUCAGUUCAUAACGGUAUUACUAAGUAUUCAUUGUGUUGUGGACAUGGAAAGAUAAAACUACCACCUCCCACAAAACCACCGAAAGAAUUAUAUGAUCUAUUUUUCACGGAUGGUCCGAAGAGAAACCAGUUCUUGCAAAAUAUCAGGUCUUACAACAAUAUGUUCUGUUUCACUUCAAUGGGUGGGAAAGUAGACAGGACAGUGAACAAUGGUGGUGGUCCACCAGUCUACCGUAUAAACGGCCAGAACUUCCACUUGAUCGGUAGUUUGCUUCCCAUGGAUGGUGCUCAACCUAAAUUUGCCCAAUUGUACAUUCACGACACCGAGAAUGAGAUCAACAAUCGGGUUGAUUCAAUAAGGCAUGAAAGCGGUUCAUCUUCUUUACACCUAGACGUGGUAAAUGACAUAAAAAAAGCAUUGGAUGACAACAAUGUGCUGGUUAAGUCAUUUAGAAUGGCUCGGUCUGAGAUUCAAAAUAACCCAAGAACUGAGGUCAAAAUGAGACUGCUAGGCAAGCGGAGCAAGGAUGCUAGGACCUAUAAUUUGCCUACAGUAUCUGAGGUUGCGGCACUGAUAGUUGGUGACCUAGAUCCAGACAUGGGUUUCCGCGAUAUUCUGGUGGAGUCAAAAACAGGGAAACUUAAAAGAAUCAGUGAACUCAAUCCUGCUUACUUACCUAUGCAAUAUCCUAUUUUGUUUCCAUAUGGAGAGGAUGGCUAUAGGGAUGACAUCCAAUUUGCAGCAGAUCGUAGUCAACUACUUGGAUCAAGGCAACGUUUAACACCACGUGAGUAUUUUGCUUUUAGGUUACAUGAAAGGAGAAGUGAACUUUCUACAUUAUUGCAUUCAAAGAGGUUGUUUCAACAAUUCUUGGUCGAUGCUUAUACAAUGGUUGAAUCUGGUAGACUUAUGUUUAUAAGAAACAAUCAGAAGGCAUUGCGUUGUGAACAAUACAAAGGGUUGUCUGAUGCAUUAUUUAGGGGAGAUGUAGACCCUUCAACCCAAGGGAAGAGAAUUAUCUUACCAUCAAGCUUUAUAGGAGGUGCAAGGUAUAUGAUACAAAACUACCAAGAUGCCAUGGCUAUAUGUCGUUGGAUAGGUUAUCCGAACUUAUUCAUUACAUUUACAUGUAACCCAAAGUGGCCUGAAAUCCAGCGGUUUAUUGAAGUCAGAGGUUUGCGGACAGAAGAUAGACCCGAUAUUGUUAGUCGCGUCUUCAAAAUGAAGCUUGAUAGUUUGGUAAAAGAAUUAAAAUCUGGAGAACUCUUUGGUCCCAUCAAAGCAUCGGAAAUUCCUGAUAUACAGAUUGAUAAAGAUUACUAUAAGGCUGUAGAAGAGUUCAUGGUGCAUGGUCCUUGCGGUGUUGCUAGAUUUAACUCACCUUGUAUGGUCAAUGGAAGAUGUACCAAAUACUUCCCCAAGAGAUUUGUUGAUUCAUCAAGUUUUGAUCAAGAUGGAUACCCUAUAUAUAGAAGGCGUGAUGAUGGAAGAACAAUAACAAAGAAUGGUAUUCAAAUGGACAACAGGAGCUCAUCAGAAGGUAAUGCAGUUGAGGUUGUUGAUGAGAUAAACAUGUACUAUGAUUGUAGCUAUGUUUCAGCGUCAGAGGCUACUUGGCGGUUAUUUAGCUAUGACAUACAGUGCAGAACUCCCGCCGUAGAGCGACUUAGUUUCCACUUGCCAGAUAGCCAAACAGUAUACUUUCAAGACGAUGAAGAUGUGGAAACCAUUUUGAAUCGACAGACCUUGGGUGAAAGCAUGUUUACUGAAUGGUUUGAAGCUAACAAGAAGUACUCUGAAGCUAGAUUGCUAAUUCGAGGACCUCAGAGUUUUGAAGACAUCAAAACCUACAAUGGAAAAGAGUAUAACACUUUUAAGGAUGCAUGUUAUGCCCGUGGCUUGCUAGAUGAUGAUCUUGAGUACAUUGAUGCAGUUAAGGAAGCUAGUGAAUGGUCUACUGCACAUUCUCUAAGAAAGUUGUUUGUCACGCUUUUACUGGCAAACACAAUGGGAAGGCCUGAAUAUGUCUGGAACGAGGUUUGGUCGUAUUUGGCUGAAGAUGCUCAAUACAAUCGACGGAAAGUAUUAAAUGAUCAAGAUUUGUUUCUAAACGACCAAGAAAAGAAGGAGUUUGCACUAAUACAGCUGGAAAAGUUGUUAUUAGUUUACAACAAGAGUUUGAAGGAUUUUCCAGACAUGCCUUUAGUCUCAGGAGAGUUGUCUCUUACCACGAACAAUAGGCUUAUCUUGGAAGAGUUAUCAUACGAUCGUGAGUUUCUUGCUAAAGAAAGUCAGUUACUUCGUGCUCAGCUCACAGAUGAACAAAGGUCAAUUUAUGAUGCUGUUAUUUCUGAUGUUUAUUCUAACAAGGGUGGAUUGUACUUUGUUUACGGGUAUGGUGGUACUGGCAAAACAUUUCUUUGGAGGGCAUUAUCAGCUUAUAUUAGAGCUAAAGGGCAAAUAGUUAUCAAUGUUGCAUCAAGUGGUAUAGCAUCUUUGCUUUUGCCUGGAGGACGCACAACACACUCUCGAUUUGCAAUACCUAUUUCAAUCAAUGAAGAGUCAACUUGCAAUAUUCAUCAAGGUAGCCAACUGGCAGAUCUCAUUGUUGCAGCCAAUGCCCAUAGGACUUUUGGAGGUAAAACAGUUGUAUUCGGAGGCGACUUUAGGCAAAUUUUACCUGUGGUGCCAAAGGGAUCAAGACAAGACAUUGUUUCUUCAGCUAUCAAUUCAUCAUACCUUUGGAAGCAUUGCAAAGUUAUGCGCCUAACAAAGAAUUUGAGGUUAAAUACUAUGCAACCUGGUUUGGAUCAACAACGGAUGGAACAAUUUGCAGAUUGGCUUUCUUCAAUAGGUGAUGGUACUAUUGGAGAAGAUAACGAUGGUUACGCUGAGGUUGAUAUCCCUUCUGAAAUGUUGUUGAAAUGUAAUGGUGAUCCUAUUGCAACUAUUGUUAACAGUACUUUCCCUCAGUUCAACGGUGGUAUAAUGGAUGGUAGCUGUUUUCAUAGCAGUGCUAUUUUAGCACCAACAUUACAAGUUGUCAAUGAAGUCAAUGAAUAUAUGUCGGAUUUGACUAUAGGUGAAGGGAAGACAUAUUUUAGUUCUGACACCGCUUGCAAAGCUGAUGGUACUUCUACUGUACUCGCAGAUGUCCAUACACCUGAAUUCUUAAACACUAUUAGAGCUUCAGGGUUGCCAAAUCAUGCUUUAACAUUAAAGGUUGGGUCACCUGUAAUGUUAAUGAGGAAUAUUGAUCACAGUCUAGGACUAUGCAAUGGUACUAGAUUGGUUGUUACAAGAUUAGCUGAACAUGUGGUUGAAGGAAGUAUACUUGCAGGACCAAAUGCUGGCACUAGGGUUUUGAUUGCUAGAAUGACGAUAACGCCAUCUGACACAAGAUUGCCUUUCAAGUUCAAUAGAAGACAAUUUCCUCUCAUGUUGUCAUAUGCAAUGACUAUCAACAAGAGUCAAGGGCAAACUUUGUCCAAUGUUGGUUUGAUACUUAGGAAACCAGUAUUUGUCCACGGACAACUAUANGUCCAAUGUUGGUUUGAUACUUAG